AUCGGUAGGGGUUGGGGGGUGGGAUGGGAAGGAGGGUUGAGGUGCAAGAAGAGAAAUGGACAAACAGAUAGACGGAGCAACAGGAGAGAUGAGGCAGGUGAGUUAAAGAGACACAAUAAAAGGCAGAUGUUAAAACGAAAACUGAAAAUUAGAGUUAGUGAAGGGCAGACGUAGAGGAGUCAGACACGUACAUACCGAGAAGGGGUGAUGAAGGACCAAAGGAGGAUGCAAAGAACGCAUGAGGGAAGGCAGAGCAAGGAUAAGGAGAACAGCUGGAGCGCGCGCAUGUGAGGGGGAAGGAGCGACCUGUGUGGUGCAGCCAGAUGUGUGGCUGCAGCCCCAGCUCCGGGGGAGAGAAGAGCGCUGGUUGCAGAAGGACUUCAGCUCCCCCUCUGGCCUCUCACUCUGACUUGGCAAGCCCGGCUGGUAGCGUUUGCUCUCUGCUGUGCUCUGUCCUAAGCCGCCGGGUGGCUGGACUUGCAUCCUCGAGCCUGGGCUUCUGAAGCCAUCCCAGAGUCAGCCCGCAUCCUGCACCAGGAAGAGUCGCCUAGGAGAGGGCAAGAAGACCACCGCCCAGAGGGAGGGGCACCCACCGCCCCACCAGACGAGGAUAGGGCAGGCUGAGAGGCACCCCUCGUUCUGCGUUUAGCGUUGAAGACUCCGGGGACUCUUUCUAUUUGGGGGAGGGAGUGUCUGCUACGAGUUUUAGCCAGGAUGAAAAACAAAUAGAAAGGGGAAGGAAAAAGCCUCCAGAGAUGUUUUAGCCUAGCGGAUGUUCCUAGGGCUGAGAGGUGGAUGUGCUCCCUGUGUGUUUACUCUGCAGGUCCCUGGGGCUGUUGGUCCCCUCUCUGGCCGGAGUAUGGGAGCCGAAGCUCGGUGGAAGCUGCUGCCAAUUCAUCCCAAGAACCAACGGGGAUAAAGGGAUCUAGCCCGAGCUCGGAACCCAUGGACUGUGGAUUUACAUAGUGAUUCCCUUUGAUGUUGAAUGCAGACGCUCUCCCUCCCUCCCCCCCAUUCCCCUUUGGGAUGCAGUAGGUGAUGCCCAGUUCUACUGCAAUGGCAAUUGGAGCUCUCUCAAGUUCCCUCCUGGUAACAUGCUGUCUAAUGGUUGCCCUCUGUAGCCCAACCAUACCUCUGGAAAAACUGGCCAAGACUCAGGACAAACAGGGGAUUAAAACCAAUCAAGAGAAGAGAGACCACGCAGCCCGGGACACUCAGAGCCAGACAGGCCCAGGGAAAAUGAAUGAAAUCACUAGGAAUGGGCGGGAGGAGGGCAGCUCCAGGGAUGGGAAGAGCAAAGGAAGCCGGAAUUAUUCCAGCAAAGAGACUUGGAGCAAACAGAAACAGACUUGGAAUAGCCAAGGGAUGAGUAGUAAGCCUGGGAAUUUGCAAGCCCAAGAGUCAGAGGAGAGUGUUCAGGAAGACGCUCUGGCUGCAGAAGAUGCGUCUCUUUCCGAAGCCUUGGCUACCCCGGAACCCCCGGAGGAGUAUGCUUACCCAGACUACCGAGGGAAGGGCUGUGUGGAUGAGAGUGGCUUUGUUUAUGCUAUCGGAGAGAAGUUUACUCCUGGCCCCUCAGCCUGCCCUUGCCUUUGCACUGAGGAGGGACCUCUGUGCAUUCAGCCUGAGUGCCCGAGACUCCACCCUCGAUGCAUCCAUGUAGAUACCAGCCAGUGUUGUCCUCAGUGCAAAGAGAGGAAGAACUAUUGUGAGUUCCGGGGGAAGACGUACCAAACUCUAGAAGAGUUCAUGGUCUCUCCUUGUGAGAAAUGCCACUGUGAAGCCAACGGUGAAGUACUGUGCACAGUGUCAGCUUGUCCUCAAACUGAAUGUGUGGACCCUGUGUAUGAGCCAGAUCAGUGUUGUCCCAUCUGCAAAAAUGGCCCAAACUGUUUUGCAGAAACUACUGUCAUCCCUGCUGGAAGAGAAGUGAAGACAGAUGAGUGUACUAUUUGUCACUGUACUUAUGAAGAAGGCACUUGGAGAAUUGAACGGCAAGCGAUGUGUACUAGACAUGAAUGCAAGCAAAUGUAGAAAAUCUACAAUUUCAAGUACUCUAAUGUUUUGGAGUUUGAUAUCUAUUUUGUUUUGUUUUGUUUUUUACCAAAAAUUCAUUUCCGAUGACCCUGGGAAAUAUGAAUAAAAAUGAGAAGAUUUUUGAUGAGAAAUAAUGGAAAAACACUGGUACUUUGGUUUACAUAGUAACAUAAUUACUGCAGAUCAAAGAAAUGAAGAUAUUUAAAAGGAAAAAAAAAAGCUUUUGACGUAAAAUUCCUGUCUAAAUAAAUGUGCUAUUUUCACAGUGAGUACACUGAAGUACACUAUUAAAUAUUAAUGUAUUUCUAUAAUCCCAUUAGAGAGCUUAUAUUAAAUGUUUUCUAUAGAUACAGAUUAAAAAGCGGUAUUGUCAACUGUCCCUACUGUGCAUCUGCAUAGAUAUUUCUGUUCUGAUUUGAUCAAAUGGACACCUUUGUUACUGAUAACAUUCCAACAUAUGUGGUGAUUUGGGAAUCAGAAAAUGACAAUUUAUCAGUACUUUGAAAUAAUUAGUUGCAAACCUAUUCUAAAAUAAGCAACCACAUCCUUUGUUUUAACAUUCAUAUUUCUAAUGUUUAUCUUCUAAAGAGCAAUUUUCAAUCACAUACAUGAAACAUUUCCCUCUUAAAAUAUUUCACUGCUUUUAAUAUGUUUUUUCUCUGUGUUUUAGAAAAUUGAGGUACAGAAAUUACAAAAUGCUAUUCAACUUCAAGACAUCUGAUAAAACUUCACAGUCUCAGAACUCUUAAAGGGACUUUUAAUCUCAAAAAUACAUUUUAUUUUUAAGCAUUAACAGAAUUUCUAUUAACUUAAAAACAUCAACUAAGAUUGGACAAGUGAGGCUAGAAUCCUUUUAUUACAGAUUUAUAGUGCCAAAAUUUUCAGAAUCACAAGGGGGAAAUCAACAGUCUUUAAUUCAAUGACAGGUACUUAUUAAAUGCUUACUAUAUGCUAGGCUCUGUGCCAGGUACAGCCAUAUAAAAUAAAAAUUAAACUGUCCUUGCCAUCAAGGACCUUACUUUCUUUUAAUAUUUAAAUUAAGUUACACAUAUGAAACGAGAUAAUUUUAUUGAAUAAAAGAAAAAUAAUAGUCUUUCCUUACUUGAUUUAUAGCUUAGUUGAAAGCAAAACAUGGCCUAAUUAUAUCUUUUUAUAAAAAUAAGAAGAAUUGGACCACAUCUUCCAAAAAUACUUACAAACUGACAUAAUUAUAUCUUAUAACAUAAAUACUAAUCUUGUCCAUCAACAAGCAUUACAAAGCUGUUCUACUGUUCCCUUGGCUCAAUUAUGCUAAACUCAAUUUUAAAAAGAGCUGUACAAGUUCACUCUAAAAGUUACAGUUGAAUCUAAGUAUCAGUUUUAAUUUUCUCCAAUAAUACUCCCUAAGGAGAAAGUAGCCAAUGUACAAAUUCAUUCCAAAAUAAGAAACAUUUAUUAAGUGUCUCCUAUGCUAAAGGUACUAUGGUAAGUGUACGACAAAGAAAAACAACAAAAAACAAAUAGCCCUGUUUUUAGAAAACUUGCAUUUCCCCAAAACACAUGGAAAGGGACCAAAGUGUAUUUUAGGAGAAAUUUCCAUACUAUGUAGACUCAUGUUAACCCUACUGAGAGUUGGGAAUAGAUGAUAUCUAAGUUAUUUUUCAACUGAGUGUUUCUACAAGAUUUUCAAAAUGAUUGCAAAAACUACAACUCUAGGACAGAGCAGAUCAGAUUGGAGCGAGUUUUCAUGCUUGCCAUCAGUUUUUCUAGAACACAUAUUUUCUGGUGUAAGUAACUCCCCUGGUGAAAUUUCAAGUGGGAUUUUAAGUUGAGUCAUGGCCAGAGGUUGUUAAGUGUAAGCCAAAUUGAUCCUCACACCUGAUUCCUGCAGGAGAUGAGGUUGAAUAUAUCUGAUUAAACCAUAGAAGAAUUUUCUCUUUCCCCUUUAGAAUUUAACAUUGAAUUUUCUUCUUCCUUUUUUUCUUGAAUAUCCUCAAGCUGCAGAGUUCUCCUUUUUAGUUACACAGGAGCUGUAUGUAAACCAGAAUUGAAGGUAGGGCUUGGAUUAAAGUUUGAGAAUACUUGCCUUAAUGUAAAAUAGUAUUGUUUGCAUUUGUACAGUUAAAGCCUCUGUUAUUUUUUUGAUGGUUAAUUCUUGAUAUUGGCUUGAAUAUUUCUAUAUAAAAUAAAUACACAUGCAAACAUAGGCAGUAUAUGCACUGAUCAUCAGUAAUUUUGUUUUUUAAAAAGCUAUAGUUGCUUAUUCAACAAUGAAAUUUAUUCUUUUUCCCAAAAGUAUUACACUUAUUAAACACAUUCAGAAACUUGAAGUAUAGAUUGGUUUUUAUUGGAUUUGAAGCUACCUGACUCCACAAACUGUUUUAAGCCAACUCUUGAUCUUCAUGACUGAGAUGUAGAAUUUUUAGAUUUCAGGAAAAAAUCUUAUUUCUUGAAGAGUUCUUCAUAUCUCAAAAAACCCCUAAAAGCUCUACUUUUGAAAAAAAAAUCUUAAAUUUCAAAUGGCUCUAUAGAUAAGUGCCUUUUUAAUAAUAUCUGAACUUAUGUUCAAUGAAUUUCUUUCAUUUUGAUAAAGAUGAAAGGAGUUGAAGGCUUUAAACAAUUUAUUUGAAUGAUUAAUUGCCUUCUUGAUCCAUACCCAACAAGAAUGCCUUAGUUGGAUAAAAAUUUGCAAGUUUUGAAAGUUUAUUUAUGAAUGAGCACAGAAGCUUUCAGUAUUGAAUUUUUAAAAUUCUCAUCAGAGUUUACACCUUCAUUUCUGAGAGAUGCUGUAAAGAACAAUGAUUUGCUAUUUUAUCAUUAACGAUUUGAAAAGCAUUUAUUAAGUACUUAUUAUGCUCAAGGCACUGUGCCAUUAUGAACAUACUACAUAGACUUUAUACUCUAUAGAUGAAUCAUAUUAUCUUGACAUUUCCAAGUAUCCCAAGGACUUCCUUGCCAAGAUUUCAUUUUGAACUGUGAACCACCUGUGAAUCUCUAAUCUCUACAUGUCACAAUCAUUUUUCUUUUAACAUUAAAACAACUUGUAAGUUCACUAAAAAACUUCCAUCAAAACUGAGGAUUUAUGUGUAGACUAAAUAGCUGUUAAAAUAAAGUUUUCACUUUUUUAACCAAUUUUAAAAUUUUUUUCACUUUUUAACCAAUUAUUUUAGUACCUUGCAGAGAAAGUGCAAGACUAAUAAUAACUGAACUCAUAUUUAAGUUUCAUUACUUCCACCAUGAUAUUUUUAAAAAAUAAAUAAAUGAUUUAAACCAGCUUUUACCCAUGGGGAAACAGCUUUACAGAACAAAAAUGGUAAGAUCUUCUACAGCUCAUGUAGAAGAGCUGGAAGGAGAAUGACAAAGGCUUUGCAACUUUAUGAUUUGAUCUUCUUAUAUAUUUUUUACUCUUUUCUCAAUUGGCAAUAAUCUCUAACAUUUUUCUGCUUCCUAUAAAGGACAUAGAUAAUCACAUUUCUUUAAAUUACAAAUGAAGUAUUAGAUUUAUAGCUAGAUGGUAGACAGAUAGAUAGAUAGAAAGAUACAUGAUAGCUAACAAGCUAUAUAUAUAUAUAUAUUCACCACAAUGAUGGACAAGUUUCCAUAGUUGAAGAAUCUCUCUCUCCUUCUCCCCUCUUUUCUCUCCCUUUCCUUCUUCAUGUCUCUCUCCCUCUUCCUCACUUUUUCUCUGUUUCUCUCUGUCUGUCUGUCUCUGUCUCUGUCUCUCUCUCUCUCUCUCUGUCUCUCAACAGAUUCCUUAUAUCCCUAUAUCUCUUUCCAUACAUAUACAAGAUCGAUCUUAUUAUUUUACAUACAUAUAUAGAAGGAGUAGAGAUAUGUUUUCCACAGGGAAUGUAGAUAGAAAAUUCAGUCUUGAGUGGGGAUUGGGAGGGAGAUAAAUUCUGUUAUAGAAACUUUCUGUUUCUC